AUGACCCCAUCUCCACCUGUCACAUCCAACAUCGCAGUCCCCAACGACGACGCCGAAGACAGCCUCUGCUACCACCAUGACCUCGUCUCCACUUGCCACAUCCAAGACCGCGAUCCCACACCACACUAUGACUUCAUCCCAUCGCCAACAACGACAUCGAAGACAGCCCCACUACCACCGCGACCCCAGACCGUGACCUCGCCCCAUCCCCAGCAACAACGUCGAAAGAGCCGUCACUAUACCCGCGUCACCAAGACCCCGUGUUCACCUUCAGAACCACAACUUCGAGACCUCACCCCAUCCCUAACAUCGACAUCGGUGAUGACGGCCACUGCUACCGCCAUAACCGUGCCACCACCUGCCUUCCGACCACCAUGA